AUCCCUACGGCCUUCACCUCCAUCACCAUCAGCAUUCAUCUUUCUUUCCCAGGCUUCAGCAGCAUCCUCACCUCGCACCCACCCACCAAAUUCCAAAGCAAGCAACAGCCCGACCGACCGAUCCGAAAUGGCGAUGGCACCGUGCGCAACCGCCGCCUCCGUCUCCUUCCCCGCCCGCCCGGCGGGGGCAUCCUCCGCCCGGCCGCGCGCCGCCAGCGCGGGCGCCGGGGUGGCCCGCGCCGCGGCGGGUGGCGGGGAGGGCAGCGGCAAGUGGUGGGCGCCCCUGCUGGGGUGGUCCGGGAAGGCCGACUACAUCGAGGCUCCGGCCCCCGCGGCGAAGGAGGCGGCGUCGGCGGCCACCCCGGGGAGGGCGUUCGUGGGGGGCCUGACGGAGGAGAAGGCCCGGGAGCUGCGCGCGCGGAUGGCGCAGACGGAGUCCUUCCACGACGCCAUGUACCACUCCGCCAUCGCAUCCCGCCUCGCCCGCUCCUCCGCCUAAGGCCGUGGAGACGACGACGAGAGCGACCCGCCGACAUCGCCGUAGAUCUGGCGCUCCGUCCGUGUGCGCCUACAUGUGUAUAUGAUAUGCCUGUCGCGACCUUUUUUUUUUCUUUUUCUUCUUUGGAUUGGGGAUUGGUUCCCCCAUUGUUGUUGUUGCCGAGGAGGAGAAGGCAAGAGAGCAAAGGGAGGGGGAUCUGGUUUUAAAAGUGACCUCCCUUCGCCGCCUCCCCGAUCUGGAGCGCGUUGUUCCCAAAUCAUUUCCGGUCUGCGCUGAAAUGCCAGAUCCGCGAAAAGUUGUUGCGAACUUUGUACUGCUACUCCUGAUGAAAUUGGAUCUCAGACAUUGUUGCUGCCAA